AUGGCCGGGAUGGAGUGUACACCAGUUUCGGACGCUGGCAUGGAGUACCAUGACCAGGUCAUAGACAACCUGGGGGUGUCCAAGCGGCUGGGCAACUCUGUUUUGUCGGAGCUUGAUCUGCGAGCCACCGAUAAAGCUUCGAGUUUAGGUCCCCGAUUCGAAGAUGCACAACCACAUACCGCCGCCUGUGAUCGAUUUGAGAUCAUGCAUCAGACUGAGUUUGGUGCCAUGCAGUCCAUUGGGAGCCACUAUGCUGCGCACAAGUACCCGGUGGCCGAAACUUCUGGUAUUUCGCAGGGUGCAACGGAUGAGGGAGGCUCUGCAGGGGAGGACGAAAUACCCGGUACUCCAAAGCGGGCACCAGAACAAAAUUUACAGAGUUCCAACAAGCGUCUACGGGACCGCAAUGGCAAAUCACGCGAAAGCGAUAGCUUUGUGUUCAGCCCGGUUUCAGACAUAACCAGAAGAAUACGAAGACUUCGAGUAAGAAAUCAGACUCCCAGGGAAAAUAGAAGCAAUGUCAAUCGCGUACGAAAUACACCGCUGAGCGGGGUUCCUCCCCCAAAGAUCUCCUUCGACCGGCAGCAGGCUACUUUUGCCAAACCUACAUUCACAUCAAUAAACCGGGAGACAAGACCUGGGGCCAUAUUUUCGAAGCUCAAAAAGCCGGACUCGAAACCAAACAAGUUCGCGCCUCCUUCAACGCCCUCGCCCGCACCGCCACUCCCCCAAUUAUCAUCUAGAAGCGCCGAACUGCUAAGAGCAAAAGAUUCUACGAAAAUCAAAGACAAGGCUACCAAAAAUUCUCCUAGCACAGCGCACAACUCGGUCUUCCAGCGGCUCUACGAGCAGACUACUAUCUCGAGGUCGAACUCAAGCAAUACAAUCGCAACACAAAAAAAAACAAUUCGUAAAUCACAAACCAUGAAGAACCUGCGGCAAGAAAGCCGGCAAGACACUUCACCCACGCCAACGCCUGUCACAUCGUCAGUAACGCGAUCCAAAUCCAGUUACACGCUCUCCACCAGAGACAAGUCCAAUGAAAAGAUACCCAGGAGCACAAGUACUAGCAUGAGUAGGCCAGUGUGGAGGUGA